AUGAACCAUUCUGACUGGCAAAAUCCGGUCAGGAACUUCGCUUACUCUCAGGGGGAGCCCAGCAGUCGCCGAGGCAAGAACUCGAUACAGAAGACCCAGCUCCUGAAAGGCACCAAUGGUGAAGCAGUUCCAUGCUAUGUGUCCCACAACACCUGCCAGGGCGUCAAGGCACUCAGAGAGCGCCUCGAACAUGGGAGGGCGCUAGAUGCUUCUGUCACCUCGGUUAAGCAUCUAGAGCUGAAGUGCGAGCUUAUCGAGAGGACACUGGCGUAUUUCCAAAGCCUCAAGACGCAUGGAUGCAUCUUACCGCCUUCAGAUGAAACAGGAACGGUGGAGCUGCAACUGGAAUACGAACAGUCUCUCGGAAGUGAGCCUGAAGUGAACAACUUCCAUGCACAAGUCCAGAAGGCGCGCCGCGGGCAUCUACCUCGCCCCUCGUGCAGUGGAAAUCUCGUCUUUGAGUACGACAAGCACGGGAAGGCUUAUAUCCGCUGUGAAUAUUUCUCCCGGACGAGUGAUCGUAGCCAUCUCCUUGAUUACGGUCCAUCCAGUGGAAAAUACGAUCUGCGAUAUCUCGAAGCCCUCUUCUUCGAUGACGUGGAUACUAUUGAGGAUGUAGAAGAUGAACUAUUCCUCUUCAAACCCGCCUCAGCAUUGGAUACAUGCGACUUCAUCAUGAACUGCUCAAGCGUUCGCGUAAAUUGCCCAUCACCACAUCGUAACCAUCAUGGUGAAUUGGUCAAGGCCGAGCUCGAACAACUGGAAUGCAAGUGCACUUUCCGCGUUUAUGAGCCUACGGAAGAAUUUCGAUCCGAGUGUCCGUGGAUUCUUGUUGUGUCCAAGGGCGUACAUCACCAUCCAAUUCCAAUUCUUUCCAAGACACCCCCUGCCCUGGUCGAUGAGAUAAUGGGUCUACUUCACUCUCUUGUCGAAGACCUCGCAGACAUGACACCACGGCGCUUUCUACGUCAUACAACUGUCCAAGCCUAUCUCAAGAAUGCUUUAUCCCACAUUCAGAAUCCAUGCCUAUCAGACCUCCAUCCCUCCUUCGCGAACCGCGAUCAUCUUCGGAGCUACAUUUUACGUGCUCAGAACACCAUCUUCCCUCAUAGAACAGGAUGGGAAGGUCUCCUUCACAUCAAGGAGUCGGAGGAGUCGAGAAAUAACUGCGAGCCUUACAUUCGCUAUAUGCUAGACUUUCCGGGGCCUAACAGCCUUCUCCCUCUACUGGGACUCGCGCCAGACGAAGUCAAAAAUGGAGAUGGCGACAUAGAUCUUGAGGACGAAGGUCUGCCUCUACGGAUCGUCAUCUGCAUGUCUAGGGCCAGUAGCCGUCGACUCUUGAAGGCCCGUAGCGUUCAAAUGGAUAUUAGCUUCAAGAGAGUUUCUGGUUUUCUAGAGUUUGAAAUGGGUGGCUUUGAUGAUGCCACCAAGACAAGUGUGGUCUUCUGUCGCGCGUAUAUUACCCGUCAAGAUACGGUAACUCACGCAUUUCUAUUCUCCAAGAUCGCAGAAACUGUGAAGAACGAUACGGGAAGUGACUGGAGCUUCCGGCACUUGAGUGCGCGGAGAGUUGACGAAGCAUACGGGACUUCACUUGUCAACAUAGACCAACACGGUGGUCAGGCCAAAGGAUUUGGCCUAUUUCUCAAGCUUGUGGCUCGCCGCCUACCAGACCGACUUGACCUGCACGAGCCGCAUCGUCGGAUACAGGACCUCGACGAGUACGAUCAUCUACGCCGGUUGGUCCGACUAUGCACUGCGCACAUCUUUCGAAACAUACAGAAGUGCGCUGUUCCCGACGGCAUUAAGAAGACGAUGAGGUCUUUGGUGUGCAUGCACCAUGCGGACUGGGAGGGAGCGCUCUCGGAAAUACGUGCCAAUGGUGGCAAAGCAGGCAAUGAUUGGCUAAACGACAAGAUUCGAAGCAAGUUUGCUUUUCCCGCGAUGUGUUGGGAGAAGAGCUUUAUACCUGAACUCAUUUGGCAAAUGGGGGAGAGCACGACCAACCUCAUCGAAGCAUUACAUGCUGAUGCCAACCGUGAAGGGGUAGCGUGCAGUCUCGUGGGCGGGUUUUACAAGGGGCUGCGCUUCGACGAGCUGAAGGAAAAGACCUUAAAGACUUAUGAGGAGUUCGGGAUCCAUUCGUCUUACUACCCAGCGACCGAAGAAACUAGAAUCACUCGUUCGUUGAAGCGCCGGGCAACGACAUAUCAUAGGGUACUCAACGAGCAAGACCAGCGAAUUGAGAAUGCCAACAAGCGCAUCAAGACUGCUCAUGACGGGCUAGUUGACCAACUCCACCGCGAGAUGGAACAUAGAAGUCCAAGCGGGGCGCGUUCGAUUCAAAGGGCAAAGGAAAAAUUCGAGAAGGCCCUGGCUGGAAGUGUCGAGUGUGCUGGUACUGGGUCUGGACGGGUUCCUUUACUUCUACCACCAGAUACUGCCCGACAGCUGCAUUCUACAAGCAAGAGGUAG